UCCAUCAAAUCUACUACAACGAACGCGACCUCCAAAAAUAAAAUCGACCUCCGAAAUUAAACAACGUCCUUUGCCUUUUCCGUUUCCUUUCAACGUUCAACAUCAGCCUACCGCAAUCAUCUCUUCUCUCUCCGUUCCCUUCCUAUCCAUCCUAAAGUCACUUCAUGACAAAAAAGCUCUAUUGAUUGUCCAUCUCUCAGUUUUUACAUUUUCAAAAAACUCCCCGAUCUGGAAACCUACUCUAUCAUGACGCGAAUAAUGAGACAGUAAUUCUCUAUUUACAGAAAACUAAUUAGUAGGAAUCAUUCAUUCAUUUGAUAAAUUCUUUAUCUUAUCGAGAACUUUCAUCCGAGAACAUAUCGCACCGCACAAUUAAACGCGACCUGACGAGACGCGAGGCUAUUUCUUUAUCGCAACUACGUUCCGUUCCACAUUUCAUUUUCAUUUCACGAAUUCAGCGUCGUUAAACGAAAACUUUCAGGAAAGAUUGCGCUUCUAGUUCUAUCGAUCCAUUCGAGUCGCCCCAACUCUCCCAGUAAUUCAUCAUGUCAAGAAUAAAGAUCUCAGAAUCUCCUGCCCCUCAUGUUGACGAGGGUUUGUACGAAGCAUCCCCCGGGCCAAGUUAUCCACGAGGAACUUUCAACAGCAGGGCUUUAUCCCUGUCACCAACGGCUUCCAUUUCAUCCGAUAAAGAGAAUCGCCCUUCGAGAAGUGCAAUCGACAAAGGAAAAGGUAUAGCUUUAAGCGCUUCGAUGGGCCCUCCAGGGGCUCCAUCUCCAGGUAGCAAGAGAAAGCGUACUGGAGCCACUGGCGAGGGAGACACUUCAAUACAGCGCAAUCAGAGAAGACGCACGACAGAAGUGGAUGAAGGUGAGGAGGAGGGUCAGGAGUAUGAUCCAGACCAAAGUGUAGAGGAGAGAAGGAAGCUUCGGCUCGAGUACAGGGGCCUUACAAGGACUUUGCAAGAUAAUCGUGCCGAGUAUCUCCAUGCGGAGUCCACGGGUAUCAAGGAUACAUUGGUCAAGGCAAACAAGCUUUCAGAGAGGGUGAAGCAAACCUCGGACGCAACAAUUGACUCGCGAUUGCUUGUUAGUACUGCAGACCUCGCCAAGAAGAAGACACUCCGGAUGACAUCUGGAGACACUGCACAAGGAGUUGACGUCGAUGAUUUUGUUUCCAAGAUUAAGUUAUAUAUGGGAAGUGUUCGACGUUCCGAGGGCCAUGCCCCGCGAAACACCCAACGCAGUCGGCGGGUUGGGGCCAUAGAUGAAGAGGAUAGUGACAACGACAAUGAUGGUGAGAUGCUAAAUUGGGAACAUCUCGGACGCAAUGCCUGUCUGCCGAACAAUGCUCGCCCAUCAGUGCCAGGUUUUCUUCUCGGUCCUUUAUCUUUACAAAAGCGCGCCCGCAGGGCUAAUGUCAGAAGAGCUCCACUCAGACCAAACAACCUCCAGGAGACACGCCCCGAGCUCUUGAAAGCAGAUGAUAUUGAGAAAUCAGAGAAUGCUAAUUUGACAUAUCUAUGCACAAAAAUUGAAGACAGAUUGAGGGAAGUUCAGCUAAGAUCUGCUCGUGCUGCAGAGGAGGAGUACACAGAAGACAUGUCAGAAGAGGACGGCGUUGCACUAAGAGAUAAAUACGGUUUGUCAGAAACGUGGAUGAUGGCGUACUUCAAAUUCGUCAUUAAUCCGCUUUCGUUCGGUCAGACGAUCGAGAACAUGUUUUACGUGAGCUUCCUGGUUCGGGACGGCAAAGUAGAAGUUAAAAUAGACUCUGAUGGCCUUCCAUACAUAGGUUUGCCCAUCACAUUGCAGGAGACAGAUUUUGUACGCUAACUAAAAGUAGGGAUUAGGGAGGCGGAAGUUAAUGGUAGUUCUUCCCAUACAGCAAGACAUCAAGCGGUUCUCUCCCUCGAUAUGGAUGAUUGGCAAGAAUUGAUCAAGCUCUUUGAUAUUAAAGAAUCAAUGAUAGACCACCGAGAAGAACAAGACAACAGUAAUAUUGGCGCGAAGGGAUGGUAUGCUUAGAUCACCGAUUGGAGCACUUAAAUUUGGUGAGUUGGUUGGCGUUUGCUUUUUUAUGGGCUCAGCAUGGCGCAAUCAAAAAACUUUGCGUACUUGGCUCAUGGUAGGAGUUCACUGGGGACUACCUAAAAAUGGAGCGGGUGGGAACAUGGGUAUAUGAAUGUAUGCUAUCAAGGGCGUAAAGGUGUCUCCUCACAUAUUGGAUCUCUGUACCCUUUCGAAAACAUGGAGGGCCUGCUGUUGUGUUGUAUAUAACUGUCGAUAAUUGACUGUCAUGUCUGAGAUAAUGCAGCCAAGUGCUAAAAGAACAUCCCU